AUGCUGCGGUCCGCAGGUCGUCCGUAUGUUUGCUGCAGAUGUCUUCCUAACUGCCCUAAUGGAUUGCGAUCUUCUUUUUCUACGCCUUUGCAGUCCUUGAGUGGACGUUAUAGCUACGCUACCUCAACCAAAAACCGCCCUCGGGGUGCCUUUGGAAAGACGAACAUUCCCACAUCUCUUCCCAAAACUUCUCCUGAAGUAGACAAGAGGCCAAUUCGGCAAAGAUUGCAAGAAUGGGUUGCUAUCAACGACCCUGACAGGGAGGUAACCCCAAUUGUGCCGGAUCUUACAUUCUGGAACACUGUUACCAAUAGUAACACGCGUCCUCAAUCUACUGGCUCAUCGGAAUUGGAUAAUUUCAAGUCUGAUCCAGUGAGUAUGGUGAGCACAGAUGAGAGCUACAGUAAGGAGGAUGCUGAAGUUGCCAUUGUUGGGCACAAGUCCCAUGCUCCAGGCGAUCUUGUUGAAAUGAAGCAGCCUGGCUCCCGGACACCCUUAUUUGCUAUAUACUUGGGGUUCUUUGGUCAACGGUAUCACUUUUAUACCAAUACUGGAAGAUGGGUGAUCAGCAUGGGUUUCUCGGCGCUCUUCUCCGUGUCUAAGUUCGCCGCCGCCAAGGAGCUGCAGCCGAUUCUUUCUCUGAUCCCUCUUAAUGCCACGGCGGAUGAGUACGAAGAAUUGCGAAAACGAGACCAGGGCCCCGGGCGAGACGCCGGUGCUCGUCUGAUCAACAAAAUGAAGACAUUCAUGUUGGAAGCGGACGAGGCCUUCCAGACAAGUCUUAACAAUUUAGACAGGGCAAGAUCACUGGUCUCAGAUGGGAAAAAGACCAAAUACUUGAGUCUGUUCGAGCUUGCCGACUUGUUGUUACCCAACUCACUAAAAAGGGGCCCACAGUUUCCUCCUGCUGCUUUGUACGCAGUUCACACAGCGCUCUUACGAAACGACUUCAUCUUUAGGCCAUUAAGCCCUUCGACUGACUGCCAUCGGAAGGAUCAUCUUUUCGAGAUUUUCCCGUAUCAGGAUUUCAUGAUGAUAAAUCGAGUGACUCUCAUGAUCCGCGAGUAUAUUCACCUAAUGGCAAAGACGUCAGGAAAUAUGACGUCUUCUGAUAUGUCGGAAACGGCAUUUGGUACUUUCAUUCUCAAGGCAAGACAAAUUGUUCUUGCUAACAGAGAGAAGCGUUCGUGGACACCUUACGGAAUCCUCGCUCCGACUAAAGGGGUCACUCUUGAAAACGGUGAAUGGUCCAGGAAGCACAUGGAGUUCAUACGCUUUCUUGAGUGGUGGGCAAGCUACGACUUGUUCGAAGAUUCCUCACACUUCCACGCUGAUGGUUCUCUCAUUCUGCGAGCUCUGGGCCUAUACGAAGGUGCCGAUCUGAAUCAAUCUUGUGCAUGGACGUUCCUACAAGAGCUGGGGAUAAUCCCGCCAUGGGAAAUACCGUCCCGGUAUAAAGUCCGUUUCCCUGAAGUCAAGAUACGGAGUGGAGGCGGCCUCAUUCGAGAGACUCCAGUUAGUGUCGAGGACUCAACUCGACCAGACGUGGCGAAGGAUGCCAGACGAGACUGGGCCGACGCCCCUGUCUUCUGCAUUGAUGCCCCUUCUACAAGACUCAUUGACGAUGGUAUCUCUUUGGAAAGAACAGACAGACCUGACGAAUUCUGGAUUCACGUGCAUACAGCCGAUCCAGCAUCCGGUAUUCGACCCAACUCUGAGCUGGGCAGGUUCCUCGAGCUGAUACCUGAGAAUAUCUACCUUCCUGGCCACUUUCAAGCCAUGCUUCCAGAUGAUCUGGGUCUGGACAAUUCAGGAGAUUACAAGUCGGGCAGUUUGGUUGAACAAUACUCGCUUGCCGAUGGUCGACCAGCUCUGACCUUCAGUGCCAGGCUUAACGAGAACGGAGACCUGCUGGACUACAAGAUCGAGCCAGGUACUUUGCGCAAUGUCAAGUACCUGGAUCCAAGAGAUGUUGCUGAGUUUUGUAACGAACCUCCACCCCCUCCAGUAUCUGACCAGACUCUUGUUGUUGGCGAGCCACCUAGCAAGUUGGACGUGGCACCAAACCGCCCCUUGAUGUCAGCUAAGGAGUUGGAUAGCAGGAGCAAGGAGGACCUUUUGAUCCUUUACAGUCUGUCUCAGGCUCUCAGGAAAAGGCGCCUCGAGAAGGGGGCAUGGCCUGUUUUCUUGCCAGGCGCUUCCGUUACUGUGGCUUUCGAAGAUGUCCCUAUGGAGCAAACAGAAGGAACUAAGGCCCUGCCAGCUGACCCCUACAUCAAGGUCGGCUACGAUGCAUUCAACGGUGCCUCUGUGGUGAGUAACACAAUGGUGCUUGCCGGUGAGAUUGCUGCUCGAUGGAGCUCUGACCGAAAAAUCCCACUACCAUACCGACGAGACGCCCAUUCGCAGACGAAUAAGACUAAACUUCUCGAAUACGCCACGAAAGAGCUCUACCCUCUGCUCGAGAAGGGCAUCGCUCCAUCAGGAGCGCAACGCCAGGAGUUGACACGCUUGACUGGUGGGAUCGAGAUGUCGACAGAACCCGGCCCUUAUUUCAUGCUCGGUCUGGACAUGUAUACCAAAGCCACUUCUCCUCUUCGCCGCUUCUCUGACCUCAUUGUCCACUGGCAAAUUCACGCAGCAUUGGCACAUGAGCGGCAGGUGAACCGCAGGCUAGACCCCAAGACUGAUGAUCUGAAUGACAUAUUGCCGUUCACGGAGGAGACACUCCCCAACACGCUCUCACUGUUGCGUAUGCGCGAGAGAAUGGCCCGGACUGUGUCUCGCGGCACCCAGGAGUGGAUGCUCAUGGCGGUUGUGCGGGCCUGGCAGUUUGAAGGGACAGCACCGAAGCGCAUGAGUUUCACAGUUGAUGCUCGUUGGAAGCAAGGCGUGUCCGGUCGGGUAGACCUAUUCGAUAUGCCGGCCCUCUUAUCCACCGACGGUAUCGAUGGCCUCGUGCUCAUCAAGGAUAUCAAGGUGGGCGAUAAGUUCGAGGUUGAGCUGGCAAAUGUCAACGUUCAUGCUCGCAGCAUGUUUGUCAAAGCGCUCAAGUACUAUCCAAACACCCGGGCAGAACUACAUACAUGA